AUGAAUCUGAACAAGAAGGAUAAGCUCCCCGUUUGCAACAAGUCCCUCCACACAUAUCAGAAAAGUUUUAAGGUAAGUAUCGAAUGAAUAUUGAAUGUGCGUCUUUACUUUUAGCUUUUAAUUUGGUAAAAUACGCGUUAAAAAGGUAAUCGUCUAAUUUCGAACCCGAAAUUUAGUUCGAUUGAAUGAAUAAAUGUCUUACGCUAUAAUUUUUUCGGAAAAAUAGUUUUCGAAGCCAUUUGUUUGAUAUAUAGACCAUCGCAGGCGUGCAGAGAGCUUUUCAAGGCUCCAGACAAACCUUUAAUACUUACAGUUUGUGUCCAACCAUCUUUUGCUGCCUGAUUAAAAAAUUUCCAACUCAGUGUUCGCUUUCAGAAAGAGUCUUUCGAUGUAUCAGCGACUCUCAGCCAUGACUGCAGUUCUUUCGUUCUUUUUAGCGCUUUCCCUUUGCCGUCAAAGACUGUCAAAUUGAAGCAUUUCAAAGUCGACCUCGUCACUCUUCCCAUAAAAUUAUUAAUAGAAGGCAAAGGUAAAUAUCGCUAUUUCUUACAAACUGAUGUUGGGACCCCAAAAAAUGUGUUACUCUCGCAGAUGUAGCACCUGCCACGUGAGGAUGUUGAAUCGGGAGUAAAAUUGCCGAUUUGCAUGGAGAUAACGUAACUUGGAAACGACAUAUACUGUAGUGAAAGCCAUUAAUACCAGAAUGAAAAAUAAGAACAAUAAACGUUAGGCAUAUUCUGAACCACUUGUUUUCUGGUUGUAAAAAGAAUUAUAGCACUUAAGUGCGAUUUUUGUAAGAGCGGUCUAAGGCAUUUCGCAUUGGAAAAAAAGUUUUGCCUCAAACUUUGCAUAUUAAACUAUCUUUGGUAGUAAGUAAAUAAAACCACAUUGGUUUCUGGAAAUAGGUUUAAAAAUUUUUGAGAGCUCUUAACAAUCAAAGCUGCAAAGGGUUCUUUUUUGACCUCUUACGACAUAAUUUCCUUCGCUCUAGUGACUUCUAACUUUUGGCGAUUUUGUUAGCAUGACAGCAGAAUUAUGCAAAUUAGUAUGUUGGCAAACUCCGACCGUUUAUUUUGUUCUCUUCAUAAAUCUAAGAUUUUAACCAUUUUAAAGAGAAAAGAUACUAGGGAAGAGUUUUUAUAACACGCUGAUCGAUUCUCUAAACAUUUUAAACAGCUAAAUUCUGGCAAAUGACGGCUGAUUCGGUCAACAUGUUUAUGAGAAACUUUUUAAAAAAAUUGGUUUCUGUUCUUUUAUAUUUGAGUUCAGAGAGCUUAAGCUAUUCAAACCUAUAUGAACAUUUCAGAACCAAACUAAAGGAUUUUAUUUAGUGUUUAGUUUAAAUAAGGCAGCGAUAAUGUGAUUUUUUGCUCGGAAUUCAAACCUAGCUCUUCCAGGCUGUCAACCGUGUUUGCCCUUGAUGGGAGCAGAGAAAUACAGGACUUCAGAUCAGUGAGAGGAAAUGUCCGAGAUCCAUUGCAAGGUUUCAGUGCGUGCAAUGACAGCAUAACUGACGCUAUACAAAAGCUCUACUCUCAUGCGUUCUAGUUCGUCUAUGAUUUGGAAAAAAUCUUUAAAACCAUCGGCACCCUCAGCUACAUUAUUUUCUAGACCCCGCACUGAUCACCUCUGUGUCUUCUUGAACUUCUAAGAAUCUCCUCGUGGUUGAUUUACCUAUCGGUUGAAAUUCAGUUUCUUUGUAUUGGCCAUGUAUAAUUAAUGAUGGUACGCUUGGCUACGGUGCGCACGACAUUAGGGGUGACAAACUCGUCACCGCUUUUAAGUUUGAUGGUGCAAGUGCCUCACGCUACGUCUUGACAGCAGUAUGGCCUCAUUGUAAAAUCUAAAAGUGGUUCAGCUGAAGCUGUUCCAUACGGAUUGUUUACCGCGGGACUUUUUCGAUUAGCACUCCGGGCCCUUCAGUCUUCGCUUGUGUUCAGUGCCUUCUUUAUUUGUUUUGUAAAGAGGUUUUCAAAGCGCGUUGACUGAGAAUCUUUUAGCAUAAUACCGUAGGAUUUUAAAGAGAUCCUUCUGAUAGGCGACGAGAGGGGUUUGAAGGCCAACAUCGAAAGCUAUCUAACACUUCUGCUGACUUACGACCGCUUGGAAUAAUGCUUUACCAUCUCUUAGCGCCAUUACAUCGCACGCCCGCUGGCAAGCUUCUCUAACUUUUUGAACAAACUCAGAUUCUGAGGAAAGGAGCAUUUUUCCCAUCAAUCUACUUGGGAUUCCAAGUGUGUAAUCUUGGGCUUUUGUAUAGCGUCGGCGAUGCUGUCGUUGCACGAAUUGAAACCUUUCCUACCACUGAUGUGAAUUUCUGCUGUCUCUACUCCCACCAAGAGCAAACAUGGUUUGUAGUCCUGAAUAACUAGGCUAGAAUCCCAAGCAUCGCUGCCUUAUUUAGAUGGACUAGUACAUAAUCGAAUUACUGACUGAGACGCUCGUCGCGAUGAAUUUCAGUAUGUGUUGUUAAAGACUACGUGCACUCCCUCCUUUUGAGCGAAGUUUAAAAAAUCAAAGCUAAAAAAAAGCAUCAGAGCUAAAAAAAGAAAAAAAGAUAUCAGCGCGCCGCCGAGAGCUCUUGGAAAGAGGCGCUAACAUAAAUUUUUUCCUCACUGAUUUUUUUCGACCUGCGCCACGGACUUCGCCGAAAAAGAGAGACUGUUAUUAUCGCCGGUUACACUAAAUAAAAAUCCUGUAGUUUGUUUCUGAAAUGUUCAUACAAGUUUGAAUAGCUUGAGCUCUCUAAACUCAAAUAUUAAAGAAAAAAACCAGUUUUUUCUAAAGUUUCUCAUUACCACGUUGAUCGAACGCUAAGUAGUAAGAUAUUCGAUAGGUUUUGAUCACCUUUUCCGUCACGAGACAGAAUCAUUUGCCAGAAUUUAGCGUUUAAAAUGUUAAGAGAAUCAAUCAGUUUGUUCUAAAAGCUCUUACCUACUAUAUCUUAUUUUUAAAAUGGUUAAAAUCUAAGAUUUAUGAAGCUACCAGUAUAAACGGUCGGAGUUGGUUCAACAGAAUAAUUUGAAUAAUUCUGCUGUCACGCCAGCAAAAUUACCAAAAGUUUGUAGUCACUAAGGCGAAGGAAAUUAAUGAGCGCAAGAUGUUUUUACAUUUCUAUGCUUUCCCACAUCUUAUUAGAAGAGAUCAACCCUAGUUUUCAAUAGUCUGGUCUGGACUAGAGAAAUAUAACCCAAUUUCAGAAAGCUGCCUAACGGGUGUUUUUAAAUCAAUUAUGGUGAACCUCUGAAUAAACACAUAUCAGAAUUUAAAUGCUUUCCAAACUGCUUAUGUAUCACACAAUUUACGAGUACAAACGAUUUCUUGCUGCAUGUAGUGUGUAACAAGGAGCGAGCUUGUCAACUUUAGAAAUUUUCGAUGUCGCAAGACAUCAGAAAAGGCCUUUUGCAGCUUUGAUUAUUGAGAGCUCUCAAAAUCUUUUUUUUUAGUAUUUCCAGAAACCAAUGAGAUUUCAUCUACUUACUACAAAAGAUAGUUUAAUGGGCAAAGUUUGAGGCAAAACUUUUUUCCGAUGCGAAAUGCCUUGGAUCGCACUUACAGAGAUCGCCUCUUAACUCAGUGUUAACUUAAAUGUUUAUAAUUCUAUACUAUCGAGAGGUGUGGUCGUGUAGUUCACAUAAACGUCAGCUGUAAUGAACAUGAACCGUCCUAUUCACCCAUGGAGAUUACGCAAAGUAUGAAAAUAUAAAAAGAUUAAAAUUGUUCAUUCUAUGAUCGCUCCAAGGAAGCCAGGAUCAGGGUUCUUAUGAAAAACUCACAGAAAGCCACAAUAGGAGUCAUAUUUCUUUUGUUUAAUGAAAUCCAAAUUGGAUAAAACUUCAAUGAAUACCGGAUAUAGCAAGCGUAGUUGAAUAGUUGUUAAUAGAGGAUAAUGAGCCUUUUGUGAAAUUACUUCACCCAAGUGCAGAGCAGCAGUAUGGAUAACCAUUUUCAUACCAUUAUCAAAGCAGUAUAACUUUGCAACAUAUGUUUAUUUUGAAGUUUUUCUGUUUAAAAGAAAAGGGUAUCGAGAGGUAUUGCAGAACGGAGGGCUUUAAAAUUUUUCUUACGCAAGAAAUUACCUCAAAAUUCCCUUUAUGGCUACUAAUUGUAUGUGAUAUAAGGAUAUUACGAUAUUAAUAUUAUACUUGUUACCGUUCUAUGUAAUUGUGUAAAUAACUUUUCAAUUAAGCAGCUCUUCAGAGGAACCGAAAGGCAAUUGUAAUGCUUAACUUCGAUUUUAGCUGUCCAUGAGUUUCUGUCUUUACUAUUAUUGUUGAGGUGAUCGCAUAUGAAAAAAAUAACGACAGUUAUGAAUCUCGAGAAUUUCAUGGUUAUAAUCGACAACAUUAACUUCUCAAUCGUUUCUUUCUCAUUCCUUUCCAUUUUGAUAUCAAGCUUUUUGUUAGACCUUUGUCAGAGCGAAUGACGUUUCGUAUGAAUUUAUUAUCAUGAGAUGAAUGUCGCACGCUCUUGUUUAAAUUCUCAGUCGAAUGAAGCGCCUUGUCUAUCGAUCACGUGAUCAGCGUGCAUAUGACAGAAUCGCCAGAGGAUUGUCAAUUGCAGUGUUAUUGAGAGGAUGACUAUAUGUCGAUCAACAUCGGAGUAAUGGGGGAUGGAACGUGCUAUUGUGAAUUGAGUGACUCAGACUAUGUUUUACAUCCUCGAGAUCUCGAAAAUCAGAAAGACAUUAUUUACAGAUCAGUACAAGUGAGAAUUUCUCGAUUCAACUGACGGAUCAAUUUUUCUGUCAAUCUUAUUCCGUAAGGAAUGCAUUCAGAUUAGUUUUAGAACUCUUUCGUUUCCGAAGGCCUGUAAGGAUUAAAAAUAAAUCUAGAAAAAUGAACGAACAAUCCUCUCUCGAGAAUUAACUCAUAGAGCAAACACGAGUUCUAGUUACUAUUUGUUUACAGUAUUUUGUCAUGAACAAUCGAGCAAAUCUGCUCGCGAUCGAGGCAUCGGUUUUGCAUCACUGAAAGAACAUAGAUGCCACUGGUCUUCAAACAAGCAAUGGCCAGUCUCAACCUCUUAGCGAGAUUGUCGCUCGUGUGAGUUCAGUGGACUUUCUGAUACAGAAACCUUCGAUAUGAUAGAAGAACCCCCUCGUAUGAAAUGACGACUAUUUUAGCCUCCUAAUUGUAAACAUACAUGUGGUAUCAAAAAAGCCCCUACAUAGCCUACUCCGGUCUGCCACAACGGCAACAUUUACUUCCAAGGGGCACAUAACGUUGCUAAUAUCGGGAUUUCAGUCGACUGAAACUUGAAUGAAAAGUAGCUUAUGGGUGUUAAAAGCAUAAUACAAUUGUUGACUUGUAGAGAGCUCUGAACGCGACAUUUAUGCAAUACCCAACUUAAAUACGUCUUUUGAUUGGAGGGCUGAACAUGUCGCGAGUCGUGAAUUAAAAUACACUUACUUUCUCGGAUAAACAAAAUUCACUAAGCCCCCGGGGAAACAACGACUUGACUUUCGACUCUCACGUGAUGCAAUGCCCAAAUUAAAUACGUCUUUUGAUUGGAGGGCUGAACAUGUCGCGAGUCGUGAAUCAAAAUACACUUACCUUCUAGGAUAAACAAAAUUCACUUGGCCUCCGGGGAAACAACGACUUGACUUACAACUCUCACAUGAUAAGGUCGUUCUCCGUGAAACUGCAGCAAAUAUGUGUGCCAGCCUGCAUAUAAAAAUUACUUUUUGCAGUCAUUUUCGAGUUGGGAUGUAUGAGAAACACUUAAAAAAAUUAAAAUUGAAGUGACUGGCCCCACAGGAAGCAGUGAGGAUUGCUUUACCUUGCCCUGCCAGGGCAACAAAACUCACUAUAUCCCUUGGAGUCGGUUAUUAGUCACUUAUUUUACCAACUUUGCCAGGUGUCUGCAUUAUAAUUGUCUGGAAGCGAAAGUAAACACUAUUAGUAGAGUAGCUAGAGGGCAAAAGAUGAGAAAAUAAUUAGAGCAAUAAAUAAACUAAGUGAUGAGAACACGAAACACGAUUGUGUUGUUUUUCAAGGAUUUGAGCGCUCCGACUUAGCCUCUUCCGAUCACUUUUUCACGUCUGCUUCUAAUUAGCUAAAAAAACUUUAGCCACACUGAUCCAUUGUACGGCUUGUUGAACAUGAUUGGUACUCUCAAUGCGAAUGAGACAAAUCUAAAUGUUUAUCAUUGUGGCUGGUGAAUCUUUUGCUUCAGAUAUUGAAAUCCGACAUACUCUAAUUUUAAUGCAUCUUGAUACCUUUUCAAAGCGAAAACACACCUCAGAUGAAGUAUAGGUAAGCGAUAAUUUUAAAUUUAAGGCACGAUAGUACAACAUUUUCAAUACCGAAAAUCUAUUAAGCAAAAAUUUAGGGAUCUCGUCGCUCAAGAAUUAGUUAAGAAAGUUUGUUUCUAAAUACACCACAUUAAUCGCAGUCAUUAUUGAACAGCUGCCUCUACUGUGUACUGUGUAGUAUGGUUGUGCAUCUUACACAUUUUUAAAGAGGAAACACACCUAAGGUGAAGUAUAGGUAAGCGAUAAUUUUGAAUUUCAGGCACGAUGGUAACAUUUUCAACACCGAAGAUCUAUUACGUAACAAUUUAAGGAUCUCGUCGUCGAAGAGUGUAGUAACAAAAUUAGUCUUUAAAUAGAGCCAAUUGUUUGCAGCCAUUCUUGACCAGCUGCCUCUUCUCUGUAUUGUGUAGUAUGGUUUUGCAUCUUAACACAUUUUCAAGGCGAAAACCUCCUCAGGUUAGGUUUAAGUAAGCGAUAAAUUUGGAUUUCAGGCGCGAUGGUAACAUUUGAAACACCGAAGAUCUAUUAUGUAAAAAUUUAAGGAUCUUGUCGUCUAAGAUCUUAUUAAUAAAAUUCGUUUGAAAACAGAGCACAUUAAUCGCAGUAAAUGUUGGUCAGCUGCCUCCUUUCUGUACUCAGUGGUACGGUUUUUCUGCGGUUUUCAAGGUUCUUACAUUCUCUUCCCUCAAAUAUGAGGUCAUUCGGUUUUAUCAACCGAGUUGACGAUGUAAAUUGGCCACCGUAAAGAUUUGCUACAUGUACCAUUGUCUCAAAUAUGUCUGUUAACUCAGUUUAAUCAAUUUUUAAUCAAUGCGACCUACUAAUAUUAAUUUUUUCAUUUUGAACUGGGCAAUAUCAACAUCUGCUUUAAUAAAGAUCCCAAACUAACGAGAAGCAUCAUAUUGAAUAUGAAAGCGAUUUCCGCAGUAAUGAACAUUACUUUACCAGUAGAGAAAAAAAGGCCUGACAAAAAUUAAGGCCCGCACGAGAUUUAAACCCAUAACCUGUGCGACACCGAUGCCGUGCUCUAUCAACUGAACUAACAAGCCAUCUGGGAGCUGGUCAUUAUGUUGGUUUAUAAUAAACCUGUGAAGUUGACAAUAAUCCGCAGUUCACUAGGAUGAUUUUCGUACAUUCACAGUCAUUGAAACAUUGUUAACUGCUCUAGUGCUCAGCGGGACCAUGAAUUGUUUCCUGUUUUUUUUUUUUAAUCUCUCUCAUUCAUACUUUAGAACUUGCCUGAAACGCCAUUAGCGCUAAUCAUCGAUUUAUUGAAGAAUGAGUCAGACAUUAUCAUAACAGUGUCGGUAAGAAUUGGAGAUACUCUCUAGCUACGAAAGAUCACAAUCAUUUUUCUUUUUAUAAUCCUCAUAACAUUUGUCAAUCCUAAACCAUCCUUGUUCAUUCUCUUUGUUUGUUAUCAUCGUUUUAGAUAUCGAAAACCUCGCAUGUUUACAAUUUAUGGUUUACUCUCAUGGUGAUAAUUAAAAAAAAAAAACGAGUCAGUAUCAGGCUGAACAUGUUGAACUACAAUGUUAAAAUCAACACUGAAAAUUUGUUCGUUUUUUUCACCCACAGAGCAUGGAAUUAACAACAGAACUGGGUUUUACCAUAGCGUUUUCUAUAUUCAUGAUCUUGGCAUUGUUUGGAAACCUGUUGCUGAUAUACAUUGUCUGGAAGAAACCUGAAACGAGAGGUCUGACAAGUUUCUUGUUCGUCAAUAUGGCCGUGGCCGAUCUACUAGUUGCAGUAUUUCAGAUUCCUAUCUCCAUGGCUCAUUUUUACGCAACUAAAAUGACUGGUGUAGCCGGUGACCUGUUCUGUAAGUUUUUUAACUACAUUUUGCAAGUGUCGAUGACAGCCUCCAUUCUCAGUUUGGUCGUGAUGGCAUUUGAUCGAUACUUCGCUGUCAUACACCCUUUGAGGCGAAAGAUCUGGUUCCGAAGAUCCAAGGUAAUUCUACCUGUCAUUUGGGUCCCAUCCUGCACUUUAAUGGCGGUAAAUUUAGUCUCUUACGAGGCUCAUUAUGGGAAGUGCCUUUAUACAGAGAAGCAUAUUUCAAGCGUUAUCCUAUUUACCUACUUACUGGUCAUCAACUAUGUCUUGCCUCUCGCCAUCAUUUCUGCCCUGUACACCAAAAUUGCGAGGAAAAUAUGGUUCCACGAAAUUCCUGGUCAAAACGAAAUCUCUCGAAACCUGGCAGAUGAUCAGAUUCCUAAAAGAAAAGUCCUCCGAACGCUCAUCAUCAUUGUGGUUGUUUUUGCAGUCUGUUGGUUGCCCGCCCAAGUGCUCCAAAUGGACUACGUGGUGACAGCAACAAUAAGAUGGCAUCCUGCAGUCAUCUAUUUUUCCUCUUGGCUCAGUCAGGCUAACAGUGCUAUUAAUCCCUGGCUCUACAUCCUGCUCAAUGGUAAAAUGAAUGGAGCUUUUUGCAGAAUGAUCCGAGGCCAAAGUGUGAAAAGCAGGGCAUCCAGCAGGACCAGCCAAUCGACCACGGCCGUGAGCUUACUCAAAAAUUCCUUUCUUGACAAUUCUGUAGUUUAAGGGAUCAGCGCAGCGCUCUACUGACUAAAACAAUAGAUGAUUGGAUUUAGCCUUAGGAUGUAUGUAGGUUUGCGUGAUCGAGUUUUCCUCCUAGUAAAUAGAUCCAUGCUGCAACAAGAAAGUACCUUGAGAUUGGUAAGGUCACUAGAUCAGUCCUACAAGAAAAAGUAUUUAAGAUCAUCACAUAACAAGUGUGAGGGAUCUUGAUGUUCCGCCAUAAGAUUACAGGUUUUCUUAAAUGUAUUACCCUUAAAUAGUUAGCUGCCGCUGUGAACAGAGCUCCUAAAGACCAUAAGGCAAUGCCACGGUCAUCAGAUCUGGUCUAUGGGACAUUUUGUGAACAGUACACCACAAUAAUUAGCAGCCUUGAUGUAUACACUUGCAUGAAUGUAUUUGCCCCAGAUGUGUGUUCGUUGCCUUUAUCUGCCAGUUCGGAAAAAAAUAUUAAAGUGAGUUUGUUAGUAGUCCUGGCAAAAUCCUUCUAUUUCUAUGAAGUAAAAAACACAAGAGAACUCACAUUUAUCCAGUAGUAGAUUGAUGGUAAAUAAUGAUAUCUGUGCUUCUCACCGGAGAAUCGCUUCAUGGUAGAAGCGAUUGCAGCUUGUGGUACGCCAUUCAAUCGUCACUUUUUGUUUUGAAUUCAUUGUGGGAUCCAGCUGAAGUUGAUAGCUAAUCAAUUUAUGCGACAAGUUUUAAUUCAGGUAUGUGAGGCACCGAAGUACAUGUUUUGUACACUGAGUACUUUUUAUCAAAGAGGAAAAUUUAUUUCGAUCUGGGUGAUACUGGAUAAAGAAAGAGAACGUACUAAUCAUGGAAAAGGUUAGAAAAAAGAGAAAAUAGUAGAAAAGCAUAUCCUAAUCAAGACACGUUAAGUCGUGGUGGGUGGCAAUGUAUAAAUGCAGUUGCGAAAAGAAUGUAUCUCAUUAGUUACGUUUUCCUCCAUAUUUUCUAAGUCUCCUUUCAUAAACACGGCGGUAAAACGUCUACGCACCUGCGAAUGUCGUAGAGGCUCUACGAAGUACUUUCAGAGUCUUCAAAACCAAGUUGUCUUUGAGAUAACUACUCGAGCAAGCAAGUAGCGGCGUUCAAAAACCGUGUAAAUUAUUAGAUAAUGUUCAAAAUAAGUGUUGUGAAAAAUUGCAUACGAAGUAUCGAGUUUUCCUUUCUUCUUCCUUUUUUUUUAUUUACAGAUUAAUAUGAAAAGAUAAAUGUUUUUUUUUUUUUUUUUUUUUCGCAUACCUGUGAUAACACUUGGCGAUUUAGAAGUUAAACUUGUGCGAUUUAUAUAUGUCAAAAGACUUUGAUUCGGGGAUUAAUAAAUCGGUAGUCGACAAAUUUUGCUAUUCAGUAGGUAACAAUUAUCUUAUGCAUAGAGAAUAGGAACGGUUUAAUGAUUGUUCAACACUUGGCGCCUCAGAUACAGCAUACUGCAUUUUGUCGAAAUUUAAAAGAAAUUUAACUUUCCAAAUGCGACUGAAAGGCGACAAUUUUUUAAAAUCAAAAUUGACCCACCACAGCGUUUGACUCUAAUAUAAUCAUUAUACUAUAAUAAAAGCUAAGACUGACAUAUUUAAGUUCUCUCCGUAACACAAUCAGUGAAAGGUAGAAUCCUAAUGGCGAGAAAUAUUUAAUAAAAAGCAACAGUUAGAAGUGAGUUCCCAGGAUUAUGUUUCGGUCAAUUCCAUUUCAACAAAACAAAUUAUAGCUAGAUAAAAACUCAUCAUAAAAAAUGUUAAUGGCGAGAAAAAUUAAGUAAAAAAGCAAUAGUUAUAACCAAGCUCACAGGAUUAUGUUUACGUCAAUCCAUUUAAUCGAGAACAAGAUAGAUUUGAACUUAUCAUAGGAUUUUGUAACGAGGGAGAAAAAAGAGAAUUAAAAAAUAAAUGGUAAUCAUCGUGUUGUGGUCUCACUUCAAUACUUUGUAUUCCUCCUGGUCUAGCAUGAGUUCUAGUUGGCCAUGUGGUGAGAGAGCUUUAGUUACAAAUGGAAAGUCUUCAAACUCACAACUCAGACAACCAGGCUGUCUAAUUUUCGUCCCAUAUUACCUUCAAGCUAAUGCAUUCUAAUGGUAACCAAAACGUCAAAUACGUAACAUUUUGUGGUUUCAGAUAAAAAAGCGUCACGUUGGUGGAAAAAUCAUUUUAACACAUUGCCUUUUGAACAAGAUUAGCGAUUCGGUGGAUUUGUUGUCGUCCGCACUGCUCCUUAAAUUCGGAAACGGAGAAUUAAGCCUUUAAAGACAGAUUCGCUAUUCUACACAACUCAAAGAAAAGGAAAAGCAAUUUUGCUUCUCCACUUUCAACUGGUAAGUAAUUUAUUAUUUAUCGCUGACUGUUUUUCCGCCCCGAAUAUUGUACGAUCAUCAUACGAUUUCGCUAACAUUAUCUAAAAACCUAAAUUGUGAUAUUUCUCAGAGAAUGCAAUUUUAUUGCCCUUAAGAUCUGUUCAAAUAUGAUUUCAAACUAAGCCAUCGGCUUUUGAGAUCAUGAUCGUAUAUCUCUUAAAUAAUUCAUAUGAAAGGUUUAAAAACAUAAACAAAAGGGGAAUAAAAUGUGUUAGCGGUCAAUGAUCGGAGGCACUGAGAGAAAAAAACCUCUGAAAGCAACAUGCAAGUUCUACAUUGAUCAGAAAUAUCUUCAGUUUGAGAAAAGCUUCCAGAAAUGAGCUAAAAAUUAGUUAAACAGGAAUAUCGCGGAACUCUUUCAACUUCUUUCCAUUAAGCUAAUAUUUUCAAGACUUAUUCUUACAAAUGAAGGCAACAUCUGGGAGUUGAAAUGCACGAAAAUAAUUUAAAGGUUUCGACCUUUUAGACUUAGGAUUUAGUUCGAGGAAAAGGAACACUAAUGGUUUUUAAAUAUUUUGGGUGCUCGUCUUUACGGUUAAAAUAAUUGGAAAUCGUUUGAAAAUACCUCUACGGCAUUGGUUUAAAUGAAACAAUGAGAAAGAAGUUAUAACAUUAUACCAAUGGAAGCAGAGACAGGAGGAUUGACUUCCCUGGUGGCGACUGGGGUCGAGUCCAGACCAACGACGCUAGGAUAGGACGUAAUGAGAGCAAAACUGUAGAAAAAGUUAUCUGAGGUUGGGAAAACACCGUUGUUUAAAUUUUUUGUUUUCCUCCUUCAUUUAGAGAACAUGGAAUUUACCGCUGAAGUAGGGUUCACCAUACUUUAUUUCAUAACAAUGGUCGUGGCGUUGCUUGGUAACACGUUGCUGAUAUACAUUGUGUGGAGAAAGCCUGAGACAAGAAGUCUGACAAGUUUCUUGUUCGUUAACAUGGCAGUGGCUGAUCUAAUGGUUGUUGUUUUUCAGAUGCCAAUUAACUUCGUUAAUCUGCAUGUAUCAGAAAUUCCCUCCGAGGUCGGUUACUUUUCGUGCAGAUUCCUUUACUACCUCGCCAACAUUACGAUGACGGCGUCCAUCUUUAGUCUUGUUGUCAUGGCAUUUGAUCGAUACUUUGCCGUUGCACAUCCUUUUAGGCAAAGCAUUUGGUUCAGGAAAGCCAAACUAAGUAUUCCGUUCAUAUGGAUCUCAUCAGUAGCUUUGAUGGCGAUCACUCCUUUUGCCUUUAAGCUGGAGAAUGGACGGUGCUAUUUUGCAGAGGACGAGAUGCUUCCACUGGCCUUCUGGACGUAUCUCCUUCUUAUCAGUUACAUACUUCCUCUCGCUGUCAUCUCUGUUCUGUACUUCGCAAUUACCCGUAGAGUAUGGUUUCACGAAAUUCCUGGGCAACAAGAAAGCAUUCGAGACCAGCUACAGGGUCAAAUCCCAAAGAAGAGAGUCAUCCGAACGCUCAUCAUCAUAGUGGUGGUGUUUGCUCUUUGCUGGCUUCCCCUUCAAGUAUUCCAAAUGGACUUCGCGGUGCGAAACAUGCUCACGGACUGGCAUCCCAUUUCUAUCUACUUCUCUUAUUGGCUCAGUCAGGCUAACAGUGGAAUAAAUCCCUGGUUAUAUAUCGGCCUGAAUGGAAAAAUGAAGGCAGCCUUCAGCAAAAUGAUUCGAUGCCGCCAAGGAGAGAGCGGUCGGAGAUACAAGGCAUCCACUUCAACUUUACCUCGUGAGUCAGCAGGAAGCACACGUUUGUAG